UAGCAGUCUGACGUGUAUGCCCUCGGUCAAACCAUACUUAUAGGAUAAAUGUGACUGACUAAUUUGUCGUCUACUUAAGGUUGUCAUAUGAAAUAUGGAAAUGCAACGUAUUGAAUGUGAUAUUAUUCGGAACAAAUUGCUGAAUGAGACUUUGAUGGUGCUGUGAUUCAUCUGUGGACAUAAGAACAACUUCAGGAUGAUGCAGGAAGAGGAAGACGAGGGAGGGACCUACGAUCAUACGUCCCUCCUGGAUCUAAGAAAACGGAAAAGUCCAACUACGAUGUGGUGCUGUAGCUUUGUUAAGACAGUUUGUCUGUCAUUCACAUUUCUGACAUUGGGUUUAUGUAUUGCCAUCCCAGGGCCGACCCUUAUCGACCUGAAGGAGAGAAUCAACACCGACACCACUCACAUGGCCCUGAUAUUCACGGCACGCUCCAUCGGUUAUCUGCUGGGGUCCCUGGUCGGAGGUUUUCUGUUUGACCAUUUUGACAAACAGUUAUUGUUGAUGGUGACUUUGAUUGUGGCCGCGCUGGCCACCAGUAUUAUCCCAUGGUCACUCACGUUGACUGUUCUAACAGUGAUGAUGUCACUACAGGGCUGCUCCAUGGGGGUUUUGGAUACAGGAGGCAAUGCAUUUUGUGUUCGAAUCUGGGGUAAAAGGAGCCCUCCGUACAUUCAAGCCAUGCACUUUGCAUUUGGAGUAGGAGCUUUCAUUGCUCCGUUACUUUCUCAGCCAUUCUUGUCAAGUAGCAUUCAGAGUGUCGGAAAACUUAACCCUGUUAAUGAUGACUCCUUAACUAAGUUUCUCAUAGAGAACACAAAUCAUUCUCGUUUAGGACGAGAUUUAAAUGAAACAUUUCAACAGAUUAAUGCUAAUGACAUAUUACAUUUAAACACAGAGAAUAUCUCCAUGACAACAACUUUAGUCAUGACCCCCGCUCCUGCCAUUCCUGUCCCAAAGAAACCAACACACAUUGACUCAACCAAAGAAGACAAGGGUAAGGCAGAUGGUAGUCAAUAUUUACAGGAUUUUAAAAAUAAGAUCAAAAAACUUCCAAUAAAUAAAGAGGUGAAAAAUCCACAGAGCAAGGACAUCCCUGCUGCUACUCCUAGUCAAGCCAUGCCGGGCAUUAAUAGUACAAAACCCACACAGACUCCAUCAACAAAUGCUAAAACAUCUGCCAUAGAUGAUAAUACUCUGACGGAAAAAUCUAGUACCGCUACCACUCAGAAACCUACCACAAGUACCACCAUCAUUGGUACCACAAAAGCACAUAUCACAACCACCACUAGUACACAAGUAUCCACUACCACCACCACGGAAUCACCCACUACUACUGCUAAAUCACUCACUAGUACACAAACACCUACUACAAGUACACAAGCACCCACUACAAGUACACAAGCACCCACUACAAGUACACAAGCACCCACUACCACUAAUAGAUCACCGACUAGUACACAAGCACCCACUACAAGUACAAAAGCACCCACUACAAGUACACAAGCACCCACUACCACUACAAAAGCACCCACUACAAGUACACAAGCACCCACCACCACCACACAAAAACCAACUACAAAGACAACACAAGCUCCCACCACCAAGAAGACAACCCAAACACCCACUGUUAGUGGAUCUCUAAUUUCAUCCACUUCUUCACCUAAAAUAUCAAGUUCCACCUCCUCAACUUCAGACCAAAUGAACAGCUCCACAACUGCAGUGUUUCACAAUACUACGUUUCCUGUGAGACGCAAGAAACCACACAUGACAGAAUCCAAGAACAUUUUAGAAGUUGUCAGUAAUAUGUCCCGGGUUCAGAUGGCAUAUCUAAUCAUUGGUGCUAUGCUACUGGUGAAUGGCUUUUUCUUUUGUGGCUUGUAUUGCUAUGAUAGAUACAAGUCGGACUUCAGUAUAUAUGAAGAUAGUGACGUAGGCCAAGAUAAAUUUGGAAAUCCAUGCAAGCGAUAUGUGAUCAUGUCCAUGAUGUUUUUAUUUUUCCUUGCAUAUAUUGGCAUGGAGACAACCUUUGGAGGCCUUUUGAUGACCUUCAUAGUUAACUUUAUGGGUUGGACCAAAGACAAAGGAGCAAUAGUAACAGCCAUUUUUUGGGGCUCUUUAGCUGCUGGACGGGGAUUUUCAAUCUUUAUAGCAAACUGCUUCCGUCCUACUUGUAUGUUGUUAGUAGACAUUUCCUUGAUGUUGAUUGGUUCGUCACUAUUGAGCUUUGGAAUAAGCUACUACGACGCCAUUCUGUGGAUUGGAACUUUGACCUUGGGAUUUGGAAUGUCCUCUCUGUUUCCCACUGCAGUGUCCUGGGUCGACCAAUAUUUCAAAAUGACCGGGAAGUCCACUGCAGUACUUGUGAUGGGGUCAGCGAUGGGUCAAAUGAUAGUCCCUGUUACCACAGGGUAUUUUUAUGAGCACUACCUUAAGAUGUCCCUGAUGUAUGCCUGUCUGGCUCUAAGUGUUUUGUUAAGCGUUUUAUUUUUGGUAAUGCAGUUCAUUGCCUCACAAGACAGUGGUCUCCGAUUCCAGUCAGACAAUGAGGGAUUCACGAGACUUAGAGAUGAAGAGAACCUGGAAAUGGACGACGUGUCAUACGGGACAACAUCCAAUGGGAAGCGGAGAUUCAUGCCAACAUUUAGUGACUCGGAAUAUAACCAGCUGUUACAAGAGGAGGAAGAUGAUCUAUUGGCAUAGUGAUAUGUGACUCUGGUCUAAGCCAGCAGAAACUGUUGGCAUAGUGAUAUGAAUAUUCAUGGUUUAAAGCCUGAAAUGAGUAUUACAUGUAAUUGUGUUCUAAGCCUUUAAAACAAAUCUACAAUAGCUAGAGCCUUUGGAACAAAGCUACAGUAGCUAGAGCCUUUGGAACAAAGCUACAAUAGCUAGAGCCUUUGGAACAAAGCUACAAUAGCUAGAGCCUUUGGAACAAAGCUACAGUAUCUAAAGCCUUUGGAACAAAGCUACAAUAGCUAGAGCCUUUGGAACAAAUGACAGUGAAAUGAACCUAUUUAUAUCCCUAGUCUACAGAUCUACAGAGUAUUGGAGUGAUGAUGAGAGGAUCAUUUAGCAUGGGCCGCAGCAUCUGAAAGGUGAUUCUCCUAGUCUGAUGAAAUACAGAGAACAGGAGAUUUAGCAUUCAAAGAUGUGAAAAUCCUGAAAUAUUUCAAAUGUCUUUGAUUUUGUUAACUCUGAACAACAUCUGAAUGUUGUAAAACUGCCUAAGAAUAUUUACAUGUGGUUUGAUGAUAUUUAAUAUAGCUUUGGUUUAUUGGGUAAAGAUGAAUCCUGGGGGGCUGUAAUGUAUUAUAUUGUAUUAUAUAAACAUGUAGUUUUUAUAUCCACUUUAUAAAUAUAUUCACAAAGGUGACCUAGUCCUCCCAAAACUGACCCACCUCCUUUUGUCUGCAUGACAGAAAAACACUUGUGUCACUUGUAAAAAUUGUUGUGAAUAUUUUAUUUCCAUUCAGUGUACAAAAAUUCUGUAGAAAAGCUUGCUAAAACAGAAAUACUUUUUUUUCUAAAUUAACACUGGAAAAACUCAAAAUUCCUUUAUUUUAAAAAAAAGAAUUGAUUAAUAUCUCAGUUUUCUUUUUCUUUGUGCAUGAAUUUGUGUGUGCAUUUCAUAAAUUAUCUAUUUAGAAUCCAGUUCUAUUUGAUGAAGUCUUUUUUUUAUACAGUGUGAAAUAAAUUCAAAAUCAGCUUCAGAUUAUUAAAAAAUUACUUUCACAAGAAAAUUAGUUAUUACCAAAAAUGUUAAAGUAUUGAGAUACGACAAGAUGAAUAUUUUUGUUUUACAUGAAACUUGGUUUGAGUCCUGUUCAUACUGAAUUUUAUUUCUUCUAGUGGGAUUAAUGUCCUCAUUGCUUUUAUAGUUAUAGGCUUUACAAGGUCACUAAAGGGCAUUUUAACUAACUUAAUUCACUUUUUUCCCAUGAGAUCUGAAGUUUUUAAGUUUGCAUUUUGAAGAAUCACCAUAAAUUUUCCAAGAAAGAUACCAACUUGUCUGCCAAGUAUUUUUCUCCAUUGAAACUUUUGUAAAGUGACAGGAUCAGAUGUAAGAUUUUUAUUUGGACAAAAACCAAUGAAUUUACUUUGAGUCCACCCCAGGCAUUUUCUAAGGAUAAUAGAGAAAAACUUUGAUUUCUGUUUGAUGAAUCUUUAGGUGAGAUAGAUGGAGAUUAUCUUUGUUAAUGAUCCAUGAAAUUUGUUGGCCUGGGUAAACAAUGUAGGAAGCUUUGAAAGUGUAGAUAACUAAUCUAAAGUACACAGCUGUUUACAACAUUAAUACAGUAAUCCGAUUUUACACUCUGAUCAUAUCACAUACAUUUUUGGAAAUCUAGAAAACAAUGACAUGCUUAUAUACUUGUUUAUUACAUACUUAGUAUAAUAAUAAUUAAAUACAGGAUUUUUGCAUAUGUGAUAUAACUGACGUCACAAUAGCCAUAUCACCCCUGUAGAGCUGAUGUGGAUCUGCAGGGCUGAUACGGAUCAAUAUCACGGUAGAUUUAACCUAAAAAAUAACAGUACUUGUGAUAAUACACUUAUUUUAUUUUUUUUUUUUUUUGGUUCACAUUCUGUUCAUUUUGAAUUACUGUUCUUUGAAACAAUAAACUACGUACAUGUCAGUAGUCAGUGCAUGAUUAUUUGUUUUGUUAUUUUUUUUUCUCAAGUUGAUGUGUUCUGUAUUUUAUUACUAAGUAUUUAAUAAACAUGAUAAAACAUACCCUUUUCCAUACCACAUCCUGUAUCAGCCCUCGGGCUUUCGGCCAUCUUGCUGAUAUUGGUGUCUCGGACUGAUACAGGAUGUGAUAUGGAGAGGGUAUGUAUUAUUCUCUAUGUAACUAUAUAUUUUGUUCAGUUAAUUUAUGCCUAUAAUUGAUAAGAAUUUAAUUUAUUUGUUUUGCGGUAAAUUAUGCAUCAAAUUGUUCAAAUUUACCAGUGGAGAUUAUUUUUCACAUUUAUGUAGAUCUUAGCUCAAAAAGCCACAGAAUUGACAAUUUUCCUUCUGAAACCCUGGCGUAAGUUUCAUAUUUCAAUUCACUUGUUUCCUAAGUAUCUACAUUUUAGCUUUAGUGGAGUCACAGAUUCAAAAUUAUUUUCUGUUCAAGUUUUCUGUGUUUGUAUUUAUGUGAGCCAAAUAUUGCCAACAAACAACACGUAUAUUGUUAUUGAAAUUGUGUGUGUGUGUGUGUGUGUGUGUUUGAGAUGUUGGUUUGAAUUCUAACAGAAAUCGUCAACAUUUAUCGAAUGCUGAUUAAGAUUAGAAUUCUAAUACAUACUGGGGUUAACUUGACUGAGAUAUUUGUAAAUGCAACUCUGAUGUGAGUUUUUUUUUUCAUUGAUAAUAUCCAUUGUUUAUUAUUUGAAUAAUUUGCUAGUAAUGUCUAUGUUUUUGUAUGUCUGUGUUUCCAAAGUAUUAAAUGCUGAAGGAAUUUGA